AUGAAGGUUUUCAUCGUCCUGUCGGCCGUGUUGGCCAUCGCUCUUUGCAACAGCGAGCCAGAGGCAAACAAGAAGGAUAAGCGCGGUAUCUUCGAGCUGAACAGCGGCUACGAGGAGUAUUACGGAGGACAUGACCAGUACUACGGCAACGAUUACCAGCCUCAUGUGACGAACCACGUCACGGUGACAAAAAAGGUCGCUGUCCCAUACCCGGUGGCCGUUGAGAAGCAAGUCCCAGUCGCUGUGAAGGUUCCGGUCCCCGUGCACGUAGAAAAGCGGGUUCCGGUCGUCGUUGAGAAGAAGGUUCCGGUGUACAUUGAGAAGAAGGUUCCGGUGCAUGUCGAUCGUCCCUAUCCCGUCCCAGUGAAGGUUCCGGUGAAGGUCCCAGUCUACCACAAGCAGGUGGUGGAGGUGGCCAAGCCUUACCCAGUGCCAGUUGAGAAGUCCUACCCGGUGUACGUGAAAGAGCCACACUACGUCCACAAGACGGUUCCAGCGUCGGUGUACGAGCACGAAUCGACUGUUUACAGCAGCCCGGUCUCCUACGAGCACAAAGCCCUGUGGGGUUGAACAAU